AAUAAGAAUAUGAGGCGCAGAGGGAAAGUGAAGUAGUCUAGGCUAGUUAUCAUCUAUCCAUAUAUCCUCAACCAAAGAUAAGAGGCCAUCCUUGAUUCCAAAGGGAUUACAAUCCCAUAUCACCACCCUUCUCUACUGCUCCUUGACACAUUCAAUCUCAAUACCACACACUUGACACUACUCUCUAAACUCAGCCCUAACAAAUUAAAACAAAUAUGGCAACUCUGCAACAAACUUCCAUCACGUUCCAAUGCCGAUCACCUUCCGCUCAAUACACGCCUACAAAAACACACACUCUCUCCUUCUCCGGGGGCCUCCGUCUCCCCAAACUCACCCUUAAUGUAAAAUCACGUCGUCGCGGGGGCGCUAAAAUGUCAGACAGCGUGGCCAGCAGCUACGCCAAUGCCCUAGCCGACUUGGCGCAGUCAAAUGGAACCCUAGAAGCCACUGCAAAGGAUCUGGAGACGGUUAACCAGCUCUUCUCCGAAGAGGCUGUGUACAAGUACUUCAUCAACCCUACUGUCUCGGUUGAAGAUAAGAUUAAUUUAGUGGAUUCGUAUACAAAGGAGGCGAAUCUGCAACCUCACGUCGCGAAUUUUUUGAAUAUUUUGAUCGACAUGAAGAGGAUUGAUGAGAUUAAGGCGAUUGCUAAGGAGUUUGAGGUUGCGUAUAACAAGAUGACGGAGACCGAGCUGGCUGUGGUGACUUCUGUGGUGCCAUUAGAUGAGGCAAACCUCGCGCAGAUUGCCAAAGGGGUGCAGAAACUUACUGGAGCGAAGAAUGUUAAGAUCAAGACCGCGAUUGAUGAGUCACUUGUGGCUGGAUUUACGAUAAGGUACGGGAAUGGAGGAUCCAAAUUGAUUGAUAUGAGUGUGAAGAAACAGCUUGAAGAGAUUGCGGAGACGCUUGAGGUUGGUGAUAUUCAAUUGGUUGGAUGAUGGAUCAGUUAAGCCUAUAUACAAUUGUAUAUUUAUUUCUAUAUUUUUGCAUAAUGAACAUGGUAAUGUGUAACUGUUGGAAAAUUUAUACAACGGGGAUGUAUUUUUGUACA